AGAUUUUAUUCCGAAAGAUUUGAUUAGAGAUCCUUCAAGUGUUAAUUUAUGGCUCAAGGUUAAUAAUCAAAUGAAACAAAAUGGAUCAACAAAAGAUAUGGUUUUUAAAAUUCCAACUUUGAUCGAAUAUGUUAGUUCGAUCAUGAGACUUGAGAAAGGUGACUUGAUACUAACAGGCACACCAGCGGGAGUUGGCCCUAUUUUUGCCGGUGAUGUUAUUACUGCUGGAUUAAAUGUGGGUGAUAAAACUUUAUCACAGAUCGAGUUUCCCGUUGUACAAAGGAAUAGAUUGAAUAAAUU